GCGCUGCGAGGGCGACAACGAGUGCAAGAUGGCUGGCGGCGUGCCGCGGGCCAAGGGUACAGUGCGGCAGGACUGGAAGUGCAAGUCCUGCGUCAGCAAGAGAGGGCGAGCGGUCGUCAACUGGGGGGCGGCGCUCAAGUGCCAGGGCUGCAGGCUGCCCAAGGCCACGUGCUUCUGGGCGAACGUCGCCCUCCUUGCGGCGGCCAAGUCGAAGUCGAAGUCGGGUGCGGCGCCUGGCGGCGGCAGCGGCAAGGCCCCUCCCUGGGCUGGGCGGCCGCUCUCGGUGCAGCUGGCCCAAGCGCAGCGCGAGCUUGCGGACCCCAAGAAGCAGCUCAAGGCCAGUGGGCCUGCCAGUGCUGGCGGGCCGCUCGGCGGGGCGCAGGCCAUGGAGGUCGACGUCGGCGAGGGCGCUGGUGCUGGCGACGCGGCGGUGCUCGCCGAAAUCCACAUGCGCGAGUCGGGCCUGCACGCCAUCAAGGAUCAGGCGGCGGACUGGGUCACGGCGCCGCGGGAGGAGCUGCGCGCCAGGCUGGAGAAGGCGGAUGGCAACGAGUGGAAGGCGCAGGAGUCCUUGCGGCGGGCUGUGGAGGAGGUUGAGCGCGCGGAGUAUGUGCAUGCAGACUUCUUGGGGCAGCAGGUGGCGCUGCAGGCCGACCUGGUGCAGCUGCAGCAGCAGGCGCCCCAGGCUCCACCGCCGCGGCCUGCGGGCCAGGCCAUGGCGCAGGACGUCAUCGGCGGGCUCGGCAUCACGGUGGGCGAGCUGGAGGCCGUCGUGUUGCAGCAGCUCUCGGCCCACCCAGACGAGGAGCAGCCAGUGCCAGCGGAGGCGCAGAAGCGCAUGGUAGGCGUGCUGGGCGUGCGCAUUGCGGAGUUGUGCAUGUCCAAGCGGGCGCGGUGCGUGGAGGCUCCCGCCGGGGAGCAGGCCAGCGCCAGCCAGGACCUCGCCAGCGCCGCAGAAGAGGUGCGUGAUGGCGCAGAGCGGGACGGGCAGCCCCAGCCAGCGCCCGAGGCAGCAACGCCUGGAAGCGGCAGCGGCUCGGCCGUCGUGCCGCGCUGGCAGCCCGAGGCGGAGUCGGUAGAGCAGCUCCAGCAGCGGCUGCGGAAGCAUGACCUGGAGCUCGAAGCGUGGGCCUCCAGCUUCACUAGGACCCUGCUGAUCCUCAGCACGUGGUUUGGCGCCAUGGCGAAGGGCAGCACCUUCACGGCGAACGUGGCGGCGGGGGGGUCCCUGGCGCCGUGCGUCGAGGGCAUCUGCGAGCGGGCAGAGGCCGUGGUCCUCCUGGUCCAGGAGCAUCACGCCAGGGACCACGACAGGCUGGCCGCCCUGCAGCAGGCCGUGCUGGACCACGGGUACGCGGGGCUCUGGGCGCCAGCGGUCCAGGGUCCCCGCGGCGAGGGCCCCGUACUGCUGGCCGCGCGUCUGGUGGCCGCCCAUGCGCACUGGGGAGUGGCGGGCGGGUUCGUCGCCAUUCCUGCGUACUUCCACGACAGUGUGGGGUGGAACGCGGACAACCAGCACGUGGCGGCCGUUCUCAUGAAGUACUUGGCCAAGCUCAGCGCGGCUGGGAUCGACUGGGUCGUGGGCGGUGACUUCAACGUGGAGCCCGAGAAGUUUCCUGUGCAGCAGCUCCACGGGGUCCGCGGGCUGUGGGCGGCGGCAGAGGAUGCCACCUGCAGGCCGCGUGCCGGGGCCUGGUCGACGCUGGACUACCUUCUCUUCGCAGCCAACCGUGCUCCGAGGCUUGGCAGGCCGCGGGCCGACGAGCACGGCGCGACGAAGCCGCGCCUGCCCGUCGCAAUGGAGACGCACGCGCAGCACCUUCCGAUGCAGGUACGGGUGGUGAGGAGCCGGCGGCCGAUCGGCCCUGCGCCGCCCGCGGGCUGCAGCCGCGGCGUCGAGGCAUGGGGCGCCGUGGUGGCUACAGUCGAGCAGGAGCUCCUGGACCGCUGCGACGUCGUCGGGCAUGACAGGACCAAGUACGUCGUCAGGCCGCGGCGCGCCGCGUGGCGUCGAGGUAGGCUCGGCACCCGAUGGGGGGUCGGGGCGUACGUCGCCAAAGCGGUCCGCCAAUUCCACGGCGCCAGCCUCCUCUGCUCGCUGUCCGAGGCCCAGUUUGACAAGCUGGCGGGGUUCCUGCUGGAGGCGGCGGCGUACCUCGACAAGAUCAUCGCCAGUCGCGGCACGCUGGCGCUCCUGCCGCACUGGGUGCAGGACUUCUUCGGCCAGCGGGUGCUGAUGUUCGCGCAGGCCGACUUCGCGGGCCAGGCGCCGAGGGUCGCAGAGUACGCUAACGGUCAGUAUGAAGCGGCCCUCGCGGCGCAGCAAAAGGAGUGGGUCAAGCGGGCCAACGAGUCAUUCUCCCACGGAGAGGUGGUCACUGCCUGGCAUAGCCAGCAGCAGGACGCGAGCCCGCACCUGGUGUGCGAUCGGGAGAUGCAGCCGCGGGCACAGGCGUGGCGGUGCCAUGGGCUGCCGCAGGCUCGCAGGCCUGCGGGCAUUGAGGAGUGGGAUGCGCUGCCCGAACUCACCGUCGACAAGAUGAGGAGGGCUGCGCUCUCAUUCCCCACGGGCACGGCGAUGGGGCCUGCCAAGAUAGGCAUGCGUGCCUUGUCUUUCCUGUCCGAGGACGGCAUGUAUGUUUGCGCGCAGGUCUUCACGCGCAUGGAGGAGUUGGGCGCGUGGCCUGAGGGCCGCUUGUGGCACGCCAUGCGUCGGCUGCCCAAGCCCUCUGGAGGGUGCCGCCUCAUCGCGCUCAUGCAUCAUUUGGUGCGCUGGUGGUCGAGGGCGCGGGCGGACAUCUCCAAGGGCUGGCUCGCGCAGCACCCCGGCGUCGACAUCUGGGGGCUCGGCGCGGGCAGGUCGUUGUCCGAUGCAGUGUUCGACCUGAACCUCGAGACCGAGGUUGCGGUCGCGUUGGAGGAGCAGGUGGUCACCGUGCUCCUGGACGCCUGGAAGUCCUUUGAGACGGUGACCCCCGAGGCCCUGAUACAGGAGGCGUGGCUGCUCAAGUUGCCGCUGCCGCUGGUCUGGCUUUUGGCGGAGCUCUACAGGCAGCCCAGGCGGCUGCAAGCGUUCGGCUCGGUGUCCUACGAUGUUGUGUCCUACCAAGGGGUGCUGGCUGGAUGCACGCACGCGUGCGCGCUCGUGUCGGUGCUGAUGCACCGCGUGCUGGAGUGGGCGCGCUGCAUGGGCGUCGCUCCCAGGGCCCUCGUAGACGACGUCACCCUUCAGUGGGUCAGGACCGCGGGCAGCAACGUCGGCGUCUUGUGGGCCGCGGUCACGCGCUUCCGCGAGGAGGCCAAGCAACUGGGCAUCAUCGCGCAGCCCGCCAAGUCUGGCUACGUGACCUCGUCCAAUGGCCUAGCCGCAGAGUGCAGGAAGCAUGCGGGAUCCCGCGGCUUGCAGCUGCUACGCUGGGCUCGCAAUCUAGGGCAUGACCUUGGAGGAGGCAGGAUCCAGCGACGGCGGGCCAAGCUGCGGCUGAAGGCGCAGGCGCGGCGGCGCGGGCGCCUGGCGGCGUUGAAGCGUGCUGCGGGCCGCAAGGUCACCGUGCUGAAGCGCACGGGGCUGCCAACUAGCGCCGGCCGCGGCGCGGACGUCGCGGGCGUCUCCGACGAUGAGUUGCAGCGGCUGCGGGCUGAGGCCAGCCGGCUGGCGGGGGCGCGGCCAGGCCCGUCGGGCGCGACGAUCUACCUGGCCACGCAGCGCAGCGCGAGGUUUGAUCCAGCCUACGUGGCGACGGUGGCGCUCGUGGUCAGGUACUCCAGCUGGGUCUGGGAGCAGAGGACAUCGUCGUUGGGCAGGCUUCAGCGUGCGUGGGCCUCCAUCACGCAGCGGCUGGCCGAGAAGCCGACGCGAGGGCUGGCGCGCGGCCUAAUCGCCUCGACGAUGCUCACGCUCUGGAGGGUCGGCUGGCACAUGCGGUCUAGCCAGGUGCUGGUCACUGACGAGGAGCAGCACAUCAGGCGACAGAUCCUGAGCCACUUCGGCGGCGCGCAGCCCACGGGGCCGAUCUGGAUGCGGGUCCUGAGGCUGCGCGCGGGCGGCAAGGGCGCCGCUGUUGCCGAAGGGCUUGCUGCCACCAGCCUCAGGACCCACUGGGCAGGCACGCCGUGGACCAGACAGGGGCAGCUAGACGUUGGGCUCGCUCCCGAUGGCAGCUGUCUGGCGCGCGGAGCGGAGGCGGGCCCCUUGGCGGGCGCGCCGGUGCACGACGAGCGCAGUUCGGUCGACGACAGCUCCGAGGAGGGCACCGACGGGGCGGUCGUGGCCCAUGGCUACGCGGAGGCCCCGCUAGCGGACUCGCAGGGGACCGCGACGCGCGGGUCUCCCGCAGCGCCGCGUGGCGGGCGCACGGAGGAGGCCCACCCAGAAGGUGGGCGCACGGAGGCCAGCCGCCUGCUUGCGGAGGUUGCGGCGCGCCGCAGCGCUUGCGCGGCGCCAGCGCCGUCCUGGCAGGAACGGCUGGAGGUGCUGCGGCGGCGCGCUGCGACUCGCGAGGCUGGCCUGGCGGGCGUUGCCGCUGGUGGGGCUGGCAGUGUUCCCACAGCGCAGGUCGUGGAGGCGUUGACCGACACGGGGUGCGCUGUUGGUGAUCGCGCCGAGCCAUGGGCAGUGCGGAGGCAGGCACUGCUGCGGCGGCUCCAGGCGCGGGCCGAGCGGCUCUGCGGCGGCGCCGGGGUGGUCCCCAGGGAGGCGCCUGCGGGCUUUGCCGCGCGGCUGCGGCGGCGCGGCAUCCGCGUGGCGCGGCCGCCGCCCAGGGCGGCCCUGCCGCAGCGGCCGCCGCGGCCGCUGGCCCUGGAGCGCAGGCUGGACCGCUGGGGGCGGUGGUGGAUCGAGCCGCUGCUCGACGUCGACGGCGCGGCCAGCGACUGGCUCGACCACUGCGUCCCGUACGCGGAGGCGGUCCUCGCCCAGCCCAGGUGGCGGCGUUUCCUAGGGGCGAUGGGCAGCGCGGCUGAGCAGCUGGCGGAGGCGCGGCGCCGCCGCGCAUGGCGCCGCGGAGCGAGGCUGCGCGGCGCCUACGCCAGGUAUCGCUCGGGCCUCACGCUGAGCCAGAUGUGCGUCACCGACAGCAUGCGGAGGUGCGAGGUGCACUGCCUCCGCAGCUGGCUGGCGGCGCCUGCGGGCCUGCCGCCCGCGCUGGGCUGGGCUCGGGCGGUGCGCCGCAGGCCGCGGCCUGGGGCGGCGGCGCCUCGCGAGGGCCAGGGCCGCUUCAGCGCGCAGGCGGCGUCGCAGGAGCACAGCGGCGGCGAGGGCAGCGACGCGGGCGAGGGCGUU